AUGAUGUGUCUCAUUUCUUUCCCACCUCUGUCCAGAGCCAUGAACCUGUGGGUCUUGCUUCUCCUGGCUGUGGCGAACCUUGGACGAACCAGCCAUAGGCCUCUGGAAAAACCUCCCUGUGAUAUGGUGGACAUGGAAGUCCUGUGCCACAAUCGAGGGCUUCUUCAGAUUCCUGCAGUGCUCCACGCAGACAGCAAGGCCCUUGACUUGUCUCACAACCAACUGCAGAGUGUCCUGGAGACUCCACUGAUCUUCUAUCCUGCCCUCCAACGCCUAGAUCUGAGCUCCAACCAGAUCAGCUUCAUCCAGCCUGGAAUUUUUGCCAGCCUGUCUCAGCUUGAGCACCUCAACCUGGCCCAGAACCGACUAGGACGGGCUCUCCCACACAAUGGCCACGGGGGAAUCGGGCGCCUGCCUCGAGUGGCCACACUGGAUCUCUCUGGCAAUGGCUUGUACAACAGCAUGGCCGAGGCCUUCCUGAAGGAUGCCCCUGCCCUGCUCACUCUCUCCCUGGCAGAGAACAGCCUCACUCGGAUCUCCCGCUGGACCCUGCAGGGAGUGCCUACCCUUGAGGAGUUGGACCUGCACAGCAACGUGAUCAUGGAAAUUGAGGAGGGAGCCUUCGAGGCUCUGCCUCACCUAGCCCGCCUCAAUCUCUCCAUGAACUCCAUCACCUGCAUUUCUGACUUCAGCCUCCCACAGCUGCAAGUCCUGGACCUGAGCCGCAACAGCAUAGAAACCUUCCAAACAACCAUGACGGAUGAGGAGUACCAACUUUCCUGGCUUGACUUGAGAGAGAACAAGCUAUCACAGUUCCCUGACUUGCCCCAGCACAACCAGCUCAUUUACCUGAAUGUAUCCAACAACCUGAUCCAGAUGUACCCCACUUCCUCCCUCAGUGAUGAGACCCCCAGUAUGAAGGAUUGGCCCAGUGGACCCCAUCAGGCACCUGACCCAAGUGGGAAUGAUAGCUCCAUGGCCCUCUCCAGACUCUUGAUCUUGGACCUAAGCUACAAUGAGAUUGAGGCCAUCCCAGAAGGUUUUUUUGAUCCUAUGACUUCCCUGCGGUUCCUCAACCUCAGCAGAAACUGCCUCCGAAACUUUGAGGUGAAGCAGGAACACUCUCUGCCCAGCCUGGACAUCCUGGAUGUGAGCCACAAUGACCUCCAAAGUUUCACCAUGGGCAUCCAUGCUCUAGCUAGCCUACGGUGGCUCUACUUACAGUACAAUGCUCUGGCAGCCUUACCGCCUCUCACAUUUUCCAGGCUUCCCAAGAUCCAAUGGGUGGACCUACAAAGGAACUGGAUCCAUCUCUGUGGGACCCCACACGAUCUGAGUGAGUCAGCUGCCUCAGGCUGCGUUGUCUUCUCCAGCAUCCCUACCCUCCGGACCUUGAACCUGGCGGGCAACACCAUGCAGAGGCUCCCAGCAGGUGCAUUCCUGCAUACCCCAUUGGCCACUUUGGACCUCUCAGCAAACCCAGGGCUAGGGAUCAUGCCUGGUGCCCUGGCUGGACUGGAAUCCUCCCUCGAGGUGCUGCAGCUACAGGAGAAUGGCCUGGCUGCCCUUCAUGUUGACCUUCCCCGCUUCACACGAUUGAAGCAGCUCAAUCUCUCAGAGAACCAGCUGAGCUGGCUCCCUGCCUGGACCCGGCAGGCCUCCCUUGAAGAGCUGGAUCUUCGGAACAACAGUUUCAGCUACCUUCAGAGCCAUGACAUGAGUGGCCUGGAGGGGACCCUCCGGCGCCUCUACCUGGCAGGGAAUCCACUUGUUUGCUGUGGCAACAGCUGGCUGGCAGCUGUGAUCCAAAGGGGGAGUGUGGACAUCGCCAGCCUUGAGAACCUGACAUGCCGGCAUUCCAAGGACUUCAGUUCCCAAGAGGAGAUCCUCUUCCUCCAUAUCCGUCCUGAGGACUGUGAGAAAGAGGGACUCAAGAAAAUCAACCUGCUCAUUAUCCUCAUCUUUGCCCUGGUCCUGUCCAUCCUCCUCAUUGGAUUGGCUCUCUUCUGUUGCUUCUGCCGGCAGGAGUUUAACCAGCAUUUCAAGGCCUAG